AUGAGGGAUGGUCGAGUCCGGUUUACCACUUCCCACCGUCUUCACCCCUUCUACACGGAACCGGAUCCACCGCCAUCCCAAGGAUUGACGCCGAUGAACAUGCAAGCCGUCCGUGCACGGAUGCGCAAUCGGGAAGUUCCUGAGCGCAAGCAGGUGGGAGAUGUUGAGAGCUUGAUCAAUGCUGAGAAAAUAGUUGGGAUCUGGGAGGAGUAG